AUGUCCGUGUCCGUUAAUGGCGUAGCGCCGCUGCAAGUCCGCCUCGCUGACGCCACUGACGGAGAUGCAGACGACGGCGCAGGCGGACUGUUAACCGCAGACUUUCUGGCGGGAGCAAUGGCGGCGGAAGGGGGGAGGGGGAUCUCCGCCGACUGGGCGCCCGUGGAGCGGGGCGGAGGGAGUGGGGGAGGCGGCGAUUCGCGGCGGCUUCUGGCGGAGAAAUGGUCGGAGAAAGUCGUUGGCGCGGGUGGCAGCUCUGCGAUGGCUGUGGGCGGAACCGCGCCAGCCGUUGUUCCGCCUGCUUCGGCAACUGUUGCAACGACAAUCACCGCCUCCGCCUCCGCUUCGGCUUCCGCUUCCGCUUCCCCCGCCGUUCCCGCCGCCGCCGCUGACGCUGCUGCAGCCGCCGGGUCUAUAGCAGCGAGCGGAACAGCAGGAGGCCCCGCGGGGGGGGAGCCGGGUCGCGGGGAGAAGGUUCGGGGGCAGGGGGAAACCUGGGGUGAUGAUGACGCGGCGGGCGGCCGACGGAUCGCAGCUAGUGACUUAAGCGAGACGCGUAUAUCGAGUGAGGCGUUAGUGCGAGAACCGGCAGGUUCAUUAGAAUUAGUCUGCGACGGCAAUGGCGGGGCAAGGGGAGGGGCAGGAGGGCCAGGAAAAGCAGGAGGGGUAGGAGAAGCAGGAGGAGCAGGAGAAGCAGGAGGGGCAGGAGAAGCAGGAAGGGCAGGAGGGGCAGAAGAGGCGGAGACAGGGUCUCCUGAAGGAUGUCAAGCGCAGGGUGGGGGGAGCGGAAGGGCGCAGCGAGGCGGGUGUGCUGGAUCCGCGUCCCCGGCUUAUCCGCAGCAGCUGCAGGCGUCGCUGCGGGAGGCGCUCGCGCGUAUAUCAAGCGUGCGGGCGUUAAGGCGCGCGCUGGCGUUUCAGCGCGCGCGCUUUCCACCACUCCCGCCGUGCCUCAUAGACGAACCGCUUUUCACGGCGAGAGGCACCUCGGAUUAG